CAUGUUACAGAGGGCAUCUAAAAUUGUUCAGAUCACUCUCGUAUAGGUAUCUAGGAUGCCCGAAAUAUCUAAGAAUGACUGAAAAUACAACAUUACUAUCAAACAAAUACGGAUAUGUACGUGAACAUGGCAUCAAAAUCUCGACCCGCAUGAGUAACUUUCGACCAAACUUUGCUAUAACAACAAGAACAAGAACACACAUAAAUUUGUAGAGAGAGAGAGAGAGAGAAGUUUCCGGGAAAGUGCAGGAUUCGCCAAUUGGAUAAAACCCAUUGGACAAAAUUCAAAGUUUUCAAGAAACCGAAAAUCAAAACCCAACAACUUGAUCGCAUCAAUUUUGUUUAAUCCUUUUUCUUCCCUAUGCAGCUGUGCCCAAUUCCUGAUUCUCAGCACUCGCCUCCGAUUUCUGUCAAAUCCUAGUCACCACCUUCUUCCUUCACCGCAAAUCCCUCUCUCUCUCCUCUGCAACUUUUUCUCUCUCCUACUCCUCACUCCGUCAUCACCUCCAUUUCCAUAAUAAAUAUGCCCAUCGCCUCCCAUUGUUCUCAUUCUUCUUCCAUUUCCCUCUUCCUACUCUUCCUUCCUCUCCCAUUGCUCCUUCUCCCCGCCAUGACCCUGCCGGAAGUUCUCUUGCCGCGCGCCGCCGACCGAGGCCCCGUCGUUCCCGUCACCGACCUCGUCAGGUUCCUCGAGCGCCUUCAGCUCGUUGCCUUCAACUCCUCCGGGAAGCUGGAUUUCGAUCUGAAAUACUAUGUCGAUUUGUCGCUCAAGUACGAUCUCAAUUCUACCGAGCUCGCAUUCGAUGCCCUCGAGAGAGCCCCCAAUGGCUCCGUCCCGGUUGAGCAACUGAAGACGUUCAUUAGGGAGUAUUUCGGAGGCGCCGGAAACGAUUUGGUGUAUUCGGAGCCGGCGGAUUUUGUCCCCCAGCCUACGGGCUUUUUGCCCAAGGUCGAGAACGCGGAGGUCAGAGCUUGGGCUUUCGAUAUCCAUAAUUUCUGGAAGAAUCUCAGCCGUAGAACCUCCGAUGAUCUCCUCAAGCGGCCGGAUUCCCACACUCUGCUGCCGCUGCCGAAACCCUGCGUCGUUCCGGGAUCAAGAUUCCGGGAAAUUUACUAUUGGGAUUCGUACUGGAUUAUCAGAGGUUUAUUAGCAAGUAAAAUGUAUGAUACUGCAAAGGGAAUUGUUAUCAAUCUCAUUUCAAUGAUAGAAGAUUUUGGCCAUGUUUUGAAUGGUGCCAGAGCUUAUUACACUAACAGAAGUCAGCCUCCCCUCUUGAGUUCCAUGGUUUAUGACAUAUACCUUAGGACAGAGGAUUUAGAGUUUGUGAGGACUGCACUCCCAGCUUUGAUCGAAGAGCACAAGUUUUGGAAUUCAGGAUUCCAUUCGGUUGCUGUCCGGAAUGCUCCUGGUGGAAAUCAUUCUUUGUGUAGGUAUUAUGCCAUGUGGAACGAACCAAGGCCGGAAUCUUCACUGUUGGACGAGAAACUUGCUUCGAAGUUAGUAAAUAACCAUGAAAAGCAGCAUCUGUACCGAGAACUCGCAACAGCAGCUGAAUCUGGUUGGGAUUUCAGUUCAAGAUGGAUGAGGGAUUCGACUGACUUAUCGACAUUGGCUACAUCUUCAAUCCUGCCUGUUGAUCUCAAUGCAUUUGUACUCAAGAUGGAACUUGACAUUUCCAAUUUGGCAAGAGCUAUUGGAGAUUACUGCACUGCAGAUCACUUCUUGGAAGCUUCUAUAGUCAGAAAGAGGACAAUCAACGCUAUUUUUUGGAAUUCAGAGAAGGGACAAUGGCUGGAUUACUGGCUUGAAAAUGGCUCUUACAAGGGAGCCCACACAUGGGAUGCUCGGAACCAGAAUCAGGAAAUAUAUGCUUCAAACUUCAUUCCGUUGUGGAUCGAAUCGUUCUACUCCGAUAACAGACAGCUGAAGAAAGUCUUGAAAAGUUUACGGAACUCUGGCUUGCUUUGCAAUGCUGGGAUUGCAACAUCAUUGAUCAAUUCAGGAGAACAAUGGGACUUUCCGAACGGCUGGGCGCCAAUUCAGCACAUGAUUGUCGAGGGACUAGCAAGAUCCGGAUUGAAAGAAGCAAGGGCAUUGGCGGAAGAUAUCGCCAUGAAAUGGCUCCGAACCAACUAUGUAGCUUACAAGAAUACAGGGUAUAUGCAUGAGAAAUACGAUGUCGAAAAGUGUGGAGACUUUGGUGGAGGAGGUGAAUAUAUCCCUCAGACUGGUUUUGGAUGGUCAAAUGGAGUUGUUUUGGCAUUCCUCGAAGAGUUUGGAUGGCCUGCAGAUCAAAACAUAGACUGCUACUUACCUUCUUAACCAUUGCAAGAUGACACUAUUCUUUUGUGGGAAUUACAGCAAAUCAGUCAUAGGUUCUCACUCUCAUAUAUCUUGAAAAGGGGAUAGCUACAGAAUCUGCAAAUCAUAUUCUUGGUGUUUUAAAAAUAGUUUUAAACAUCCCUUAUGGUUCGCACUGUAACUAUUAAUGGAGUUAAUACCUGUGACUUAUUUUGCUCAUGUCACAUGUACUAAUUCCGUUAAAAUGCAACGGUCUUCGUUCCUUAACGGUGCGAAUUAUAGGAGUGUUUGAAACUAUUUUUAAAAGAUGGAUAUUGUUUCUAUGAUUCUGUGACUGUCUGUCCCUGAGAGAAGAGCCCUUUGAGUAGGGGGGAGCUGGAGGAAGCUGAUAAAGUUUAGAUCCAUAUUGUAAAAUUGAUCUGGAUCAAAAUUAAGUGUAAAUCUGUUUCCUAAACGUUUCCCACUGCCUCUGGGCUCUGCUUGUAAAUCAAAGUAUUGGAAUGAGAGAGAGAGAAAAGUGGUCAGAAACAGAAACAGAGGCAUAAGAUGGUUUGCUAAUCAAGGUGGAGAUGGGAAUGAGUUUAGGUACAUUGUAUGGGUUGGCCCACUUUUCUUGAAUGUAUCAAAAGGGAAUGAAAUAACAUCUAUUUUUGGUAA